AGUAGGACCUUCUCCUAGGAAAUGGUGGAGUCUUUUAGGAACACUUAUGACUCCAUGACCUGUUAAAACCAGCAACGUGAGCAUUAUUUGGAGUGAACUUGUUCCAGGUAAAGCUUUGGCCUUUUGGUGCAAAUGCAAAGGAACUUCGUCUGUCAGAGCCCACGCCAAUGAGACCAGUCCUGGUGGAAUCAGGGUCCCUUUAAAAACUGUUUUAGCCUGUUGUGACAUUGACACCUAGACCUAGUCUUGGCAUUUGCUCCUAAUAUUUGCUGGGCUACGUAGGCAGGUUUAACCCCCACUUCUCAUGUGGUGGAACCCGUGUGUUUUUUUGGUGAUUGUAGAUACGCUUAGCCCCUUGCCCCAUUCUCUCGUUCUCAAUUCUCUUCCUUAUGCUGGACUUUUAAAGCUUAAAAAAAAAACCCACAAAAAACCCCCAAUCCUGAUUGAAUAUAAAAGUCUAAUCCCAUUCUUUGUGAAAAUGGUUGCUUCCACCUGACUCCCUAAUUGUGCUGUUUGUGUCUUGCACUGGAAUUCAACAUUUCCUUCUUUUGUACUGUGUUGUGCUUGCUGUCUCUCGGACAUCCUUGAAGACUGUCUUUUUAGCAAAAAGAAAAUUCAGUAAAGUGUUUUCUGUAAUCAUUUUUUAAAAUUUGAGAACUAAUUAUUGUCCAUAACUUGUAGCCUUCUUCAUUAAAGUCUUGCUUCUCUCAAAUAUAAGUGGCUGUUUAAUUGCAGCUCAGCAUGAAUGAACACGUGGAGGUGGCAAAAUGUUAAUUACACAAGUUCUGCUGAGCCACGCUGACUGUUAAAAAGCGAUGUCAAACUGUACUGGAUAUUGUCAUCUUUGGAAGCCACCUGGAACCCUUAUUCUCUUUGGAGUUAAAGAUGUAAAGAAAUGCUAAAGUUUCAAAUUCAUCCUGUAGUUACAAGUUGGAAGCUUUGUACAGCUUUAUUACCUGUUAACUGCAUGUUUGGGGGUUUGGUACUAUUUUUCCGUCAGUGAACCCCAAAUGAAACGACAGUGAGAACUUGAUCUCCUCUCAAUACAGCCGCCUCCUCUUGAUCUGGUGGCAGCUGGAGUGAUCUCCCUCUAAACUGGAUUCGGAUCCAGAGGCUUUUCUCCCCUCAACUCACCUCAGUAAGAUGGCGUGCUCUGGGUAGAAGAGUGACACUGCGAUGAUUUAGGGAAGCAAAAUAUCCUAAUCUGCAUUUCUCAAAUGUGAAAAAUGUACAGGUCCAUGAACAUUUUUUAAAACAUCGCUUCAGUGUUGUUAUAAUGUUAAUGAAGUGUGUACAAACAAAAUACAGACUUUGGCUUCUAGAGAACUAGAAAACUUACCAUGUACUGUUGACUGUUGCGCUGAGUCUAAGUCGCUGCUCAUGUCAUGAGUAGUGGAAAAACUGGCGUGGGGAACUUGGGUGGGGUGCCUGUGCCACUGUGUGCUGAGAAACGAUCCCGGUCUCUCCCACCUCCACCUCAGCAAGAAGAGCGCUGUGACAUUCGCUCUCCUCCAGAACUGAACACAAUUAUGAAGUCUGUUCUUUGCUUAUUCCCUUGUGAUAGUUCAGGUAUUACACUUGGAGUCAAUGUGAUGAAUCUGAAGCAAGACUUGCUUAGAAGCUGUUAAUGCUGUUUUGUUUUUUAAGAUUAUGGCUGAAAUAAAAACAUUUAGACAUUGGCACGACUCAGAGAGUGACAGAAACACUGUCCUGAUGGGUAAGAGUGUGAGGCCCAGUCAGGGCCCGGCAGUGCCAGCCGUGCUUUAUGGAUGGUGAGCCAGCCACUGGAAUCUCUGAAAAUCCAUUUCUGUCUUUUGCUCACUCUUCACCCAUUUAAAUUUGUGCACACAUUUUCAUGGGUUUUGUUCUCUCAACUAUAACAUUGGUUAUCACCUAGCAAUUUGAUUUAAAUAAGAGAAAAAUCUCCCCAGCCAACUUCUGACUAUACUAUUCAGAUGGUUGUACAUAAACUUAUUCAAUAUUUAUCCCCAAGAAGCAAGAACUGAAAAAACGACAGCCAAAAGGAAGGAUAGAGAUAUAUUGUAGUAGAUUCUACCUAGCACCCAUGAAGUAGGUUUGGUAAGCUGCUGAGUUUUACUAGGUGAAAGCAAAAACUCUUCUUGUGAGCCACACAUGCGGUAUCAUGCCAGUUCUUUAUGGAAUAUCUAUGUGUGGCCCUGAAGCCAGCCCAGGUGUGACUUGGGGAGUUAAUGAUUACCCUAGCAGUUAUCUAAACUACUUGGCUCCACUGGGCUGCAGGCAGUUCACCUGCAGAGGAGUCUCCGGGAAUCAGCAUGUUCCCUUUGCUCAUUGGGGCUGGACUGGUGGUUCUGAACCUAGUGACCUCUGCUAGGAGCCAGAAAACAGAACCCCUUAGUGGCUCUGGGGACCAGUCACUCUUCCGGGGAGCAGAUCGAUAUGACUUUGCCAUCAUGAUCCCUCCAGGAGGCAUAGAAUGCUUUUGGCAAUUUGCCCACCAAACUGGAUACUUCUAUUUCAGCUAUGAGGUUCAGCGGACAAUGGGAAUAUCACAUGACCGGCAUAUUGCUGCCACUGCACAUACCCCACAAGGUUUUCUCAUAGAAACCUCUCAGAAUGUUCGGGGCCAGAUUAACUUCUCUACCCAUGAGACAGGUUUUUAUCAACUUUGUCUAAAAAAUCAGCAAAAUCACUUUGGUUCAGUGCAAGUAUACCUCAAUUUUGGAGUCUUCUAUGAAGAGCCUGAGAUGGACCAUAAACAGAAGAACGAAAGAAAACAACUGAAUGAUACUCUGGAUGCAAUUGAGGAAAGUACACGAAAGGUACAGAAAAAUAUCUUUCACAUGUGGCGUCAUUACAACUUUGCCCGCAUGAGGAAAAUGGCUGACUUUUUCCUCCUCCAAUCAAACUACAACUAUGUGAACUGGUGGUCGAUGGCCCAGAGCCUUGUUAUUGUUCUUUCUGGGAUCCUGCAGCUGUACUUCUUGAAGCGUCUCUUCAAUGUCUCAACGACUACAGACACAAAGAAGCCAAAAUGCUAAGCUAAAUAAUUACAGCGUGCUGGGGCAGAAGCUUUUCAAAGCUUUGUUAAAUCAGCUUUGUAAAGUUAUUAGGGAAAAAUCAAUUUCUCCUAUUAGAAAGUUUCAGUUUAUUGGACUCAUCUACAGAGGCAAAAUAGCAAUAAAGGAAUAAAAAUGUAGAAGUUCUGAUGUUGGCUAUUUCUAAUGUAUGCACCAGAUGCUACCAUCAAAAUACUGUAGCAGUCCCUUAACCUUCACUAAGGCUAUUUAUUUAUUUUAAAUAUUUUUUAUUAAUUUCAAACAAGAAGGGAGAGGGAAGAGACAGAAAC